CACGUGACUCUCCGGGCGGAUCGGAGGAGGCUCCGCAGGCACAGCCCUAGACUAGCCCUAAAAUUCACAAACGGCAAGCGAAAUUUCAUCGAUCAUCUCGGCGCGGAGUGUCAAGGUUUCUCUUUCGCGUCGUCAGUCUCUUCCUCGCCAUCACCACCGCGACAAGCGCCAGACGAUUGAUAUCUUCAAUUCGCCGUCCUUCGCAAUAUCAAUCGCCCACCAUGGCCCCUUCUCAGCUCCCCCCCAUCUUCAACCCUACCUCGCAGGACAUUGAGAACCUGCUGGCGGCCCAGUGCCACCUCGGUUCCAAGAACCUUCAGGUGCACAUGGAGCCUUACCUCUGGAAGACUCGUCCCGACGGUGUCAACGUUAUCAACAUUGGCAAGACCUGGGAGAAGAUUGUCCUGGCUGCCCGUAUCAUCGCUGCCAUCGACAACCCCGCCGAUGUCUGUGUGAUCUCCGCUCGUCCCUACGGCCAGCGUGCUGUCCUCAAGUUCGCCGCCCACACCGGUGCCACCGCCAUCGCCGGUCGUUUCACCCCCGGUAACUUCACCAACUACAUCACCCGCUCUUUCAAGGAGCCCCGUCUUAUCAUCGUGACCGACCCCCGCACCGAUGCGCAGGCCAUCAAGGAGGCUUCCUACGUCAACAUCCCCGUCAUCGCUCUCUGCGACACUGACUCCCCCACCGACUUCGUUGACGUUGCCAUCCCCACCAACAACAAGGGUCGUCACUCCAUCGGUCUCGUCUGGUGGAUGCUUGCCCGUGAGGUCCUCCGCCUCCGUGGUACCCUUGCGUCCCGUGAGGUUGACUGGGACGUUGUUGUCGAUCUCUACUUCUACCGCGACCCCGAGGCCGAGGAGAACAAGGAGAUUGCCGACGAGACCAAGGUCCCCGGUGCCGAGGAGAUUGGCCCUGCUGCCAUCGAGUCCGGCUUCGCUGGUGAGAACUGGGACACCCAGGGUGCCGGUGCCGGUGUUCCUGGCACUGCUUUCUCUGCUGCUACCGCUGCUGCUGGCGCUACCAGCUGGGAGGCUGAUGGUGGCGACUGGGCCGCCAGCGGUGCUGCCCCUGCUACUGAGAGCUGGGCUGAGACCCAGCCCGCUGACGCCAAGUGGUAAACAAAUCUAAAACAAAAUGGUGACGAGGACAGCUGAUGAGGAGGGACAUGAUAUCUAUUUUUCUUUUUAAAAAGAAUAUGGCGAAAUUGAAGGGGGGAAAGAGUUGAUAUUUAAAUCAAUAAUUUCGCCAUUCCUUUGACGAAUACCCGACAUCUCCCGCAAAGAGAAGAAAUUCCCCUUCGCAUGUCUUAUCCUAGUCUCUGUUCCCAAAAAAUAUUCAAAACCGAAAGUGAAAAAAGUGCAAAAGAAGCCUUCGAUUGGAAACCGUUCAACUUCCAACACUUCCCUUUUUUCCUUUCCACCCCCUGGUAUGCCGCGGUGUCCUUUUUGUUUCCUUUUCGAUCAGACCUUUUUAUGUCGUGUUUAUGGUGCAUCGGGGAGGAAUUGCAUUGUCAAAAAUUGACUGGCACUUACGAGGGAAAGAGAUCCAGUUGUUCUGUGCGCUCAGUGAACUUCUGGGGGAAAGCCCUGUGCUGUCGAUUUCACAAGGUGUACUUAAUCGUUGCCUUGGUUUCUCCUUGUGUGUUUAUCAUAUUCAUAUUCGAAAAGUGAUGCUCGCUACCAUGUAUCUUCCACCGUGUUUCUGUAGUUUGUAGUUUGUAGUAUGUA